AUGAAAGAAGUAGCCUUUGUUUUAUUUCUUGCUCUUCUUGUUUUGGUUUCAGAUGCAAAAGUAACGAAACCAAAUACAAAAAACUUCCUCCGAUGCCUUCGCUCUCGGACCAGUCCGGAGAAUCCGAUCACAGAUGCUCUCUUUACUCCUGGUAAUUCCACUUUCGUCUCAUCUUACGUGUCCUACACGAGAAACAAAAGGUUCUCAAACCCUAAAGACACAAAGCUAAUAGCCAUUGUUGCUGCAAAACAUGAAUCUCAUGUUCAGGCAACCGUGGUCUGUGCAAAGUCUAACAGAAUCCAGAUCCGUAUCCGAAGCGGCGGUCACGACUACGAGGGUCUUUCGUACAUCUCAUCUGUACCAUUUGUCAUUCUCGAUAUGCAUAAUCUCCGGUCUAUCACCGUUGACGUGUCAAACAAGAAAGCUUGGGUUGAAGCUGGUGCGAUCUUGGGAGAGCUCUACACCAAAAUCGCGGAAGCGAGCAAAACGCUAGCGUUUCCAUCUGGCGUUUGUCCUACAGUAGGAGCCGGAGGACACAUCAGCGGCGGAGGUUACGGAAAUCUGAUUCGAAAGUACGGACUCACAGUGGAUCAUGUGGUUGAUGCUAAAUUGGUUGAUGUCAACAGCAAGAUCUUGAACAGAGCUUCCAUGGGAGAAGAUCUGUUUUGGGCGAUUCGUGGCGGUGGUGGUGCCAGCUUCGGCGUUAUCCUCUCGUGGAAACUCAAUCUCGUUGAGGUCCCAAAGACUUUAACAGUGUUUAACGUAAACAGAACACUAGAACAAGGAGGCACUGAUGUGUUCUACAAGUAUCAGCUUGUCGCUAGCAAAUUGCCUAAAGAGCUUUUCUUGAGGUCAAUGCCUACACUCGCAAAUGGAAGAAAAUCUGGCAAGAAAACCAUUGCGGUUAAGUUCUACGCUCAGUUCUUGGGCUCAGCGAAGAAACUAAUGGAGAUUAUAAACAAGAACUUACCAGAAUUAGGGCUGAAACGUGAAGAUUGCUACGAAAUGAGCUGGAUUAACACGACGACUUUUUGGGAUGAUUAUCCGGUUGGUACACCGACGAGCGUUCUUCUGGACAGACCAUCAGGUCCGCCAAGAGCAUCCUUUAAAAGCAAAUCGGAUUACGUCAAGAAACCGAUCCCAAAGGAAGGAAUAAAGAAGUUUUGGAAAACAAUGUUGAAAUUCAACAAUCUUGUGUAUAUUGAACUCAACCCUUACGGUGGAGUGAUGGACAAGAUUCCGGCGAAUGCCACUGCGUUUCCUCACCGGAAAGGAAACUUGUUCAAGAUUCAGUACUAUGCGUUAUGGAACAACGAAAAGGCCACAAAAGUCAAUCUCGGUUUGAUGAAAGAACUUUACGACGUGGCGAAACCGUACGUGUCAAGCAACCCAAGAGAGGCGUUUUUGAACUACAGAGACGUCGAUGUUGGAAGCAAUCCGAGCGGAGAGACGAAUGUCGCAAAAGCUGAGAUUUACGGAUCAAAGUAUUUUUUGGGGAAUUGGAAGAGGUUGAUGGAUGUUAAAGCUAAGUAUGAUCCUGAGAAUUUUUUUAGGUUUGAGCAGAGUAUUCCUCCACUUCGUGCAAUGUAA